AUGAUUUUUGAUAAUCUGAUCAAGAAGCAAAUUUUGCUAUUCGCUCUUGCAAAGGAGUCCUCGAAAUUCCUGCCCAUCUUGAAGGAAACAGCAAAAUCAUUCAAGGGAAAGGUGAGCACAGUGAUCAUAGCGGAGCACGAAGGCGGGGCAUAUUUCCAACACGUCAAGCCAUCUUCCCUGAGUGCGUUGGCGGCUGCUGAGGCCAUCGCCAAAGAGAACGAGGUGUCUCUUCUUCUCGGUGGAUCCGGACCAACGCUGCACAAGGCUGCCCAGCAUGCUGCGUCUAGCCACCCAUUGGUCAAUGAGGUUCUUGUUGCGGAUUCAGACAUGGUUGCGCAUCCUUUAGCUGAGCCUUGGGCCGAGCUGCUCCGCUCCGUGCAGCCGAAAGGUGGAUACUCUCAUGUGAUAGCCUCGUCGACGUCUUUCGGGAAGAAUUUGCUUCCACGUGCAGCGGCUCUUCUAGAUGUCUCCCCUGUCACGGACGUCACUGCCAUAUCUGAACCACGGGUCUUUGUGAUGCCAAUUUAUGCUGGAAAUGCACUCUACACUGUACGAUAUACCGGGGAGUCUCCGUGUAUGAUGAGUAUUAGAUCAACAUCAUUUUCUCCAGCUACUGAGUCUAUGUCAGAAACUAAAGUUGCGCCCAUAACCCAGGUUGAUCUCUCUUUCCUCAGUGAAGGUUUGUGUGGUUCCCUUACCAUAUUCUUCUAUUAUCAACACUCUUGUAUGCCUUGCAGAGUUUUUGUUGUUAAUGUUGCAUUACCUUUCUUAGACCAUGGAUCUGUUAAGACAAUAUUCUGA